AGAAGGAAAAACAGAGAGCGGAGACGGAGAGGGAGAGAGAGAGAGCGGGAGGAGAGAGAGAGAGAGAGAGGGAGACUCACAGCUAUUUGUCGGGGAGAGUUUGUUGCUCAACGAACGCUUCAACGGCCAAAAAAAAUUCGCGGCCAAAAAAAAAUCCGCCAUUUUUGUCUCGCUCUCUCUCCUCUUUUGUCUUCCGUCGAUCUUCCACAACACCCACAUUUCGCCCAUUUUUCUCCUUUCAAUUUUUCCUUCUGAAAUCCCCCAAUCUUUUUCUCCUCUUUUCUCUUUCUCUCUCUCGAUUUCCCCCCAUUUGCCAAAAUUAGGGUUAGGGUUUCGUUGAGAAUUCGUCCUAAUUUGGAUCGCGCCUCAGAUGUGUAAUUGACGAGGAGGAGGAAGGAGAAGAAGAAGAUCGGGUCCUCAGGUUCGAAGGAGAUCUGGGGCUUGGGGUUUUCUUUCUUUCUUUUGGGUUGGUUUUUUUUUGAGAAAGUGAGAGAACAGCAAAAAUGAGCGCGUCAAGGUUCAUAAAGUGCGUCACGGUUGGGGACGGGGCUGUGGGCAAGACGUGUCUGCUUAUCUCCUACACCAGCAACACCUUCCCCACCGAUUACGUGCCAACUGUUUUCGACAAUUUCAGUGCAAACGUGGUCGUCAAUGGGAGCACUGUUAACCUGGGGUUAUGGGAUACAGCUGGACAGGAGGAUUACAAUAGAUUAAGACCCUUGAGUUAUCGUGGUGCUGAUGUGUUUAUACUGGCGUUCUCUCUCAUCAGCAAAGCCAGCUACGAAAAUGUGUCCAAGAAGUGGAUCCCAGAAUUGAAGCAUUAUGCGCCUGGUGUUCCAAUCAUUCUUGUUGGAACAAAGCUUGAUCUUCGGGACGACAAGCAGUUCUUUAUUGAUCAUCCCGGUGCUGUCCCAAUUACUACCGCUCAAGGAGAGGAACUCAGGAAGCUAAUUGGAGCACCAGCUUAUAUCGAGUGCAGUUCAAAAACUCAGCAGAAUGUGAAAGGGGUCUUUGACGCAGCCAUAAGGGUUGUACUUCAACCUCCGAAGCAGAAGAAAAAGAAGGGCAAAGGGCAGAAGGCAUGCUCCAUAUUGUGAUUUGGAAAAUAGGUGUAAAGAGAUAAUGACCAGCCAUUCUGCAUGUAUUCCCCCACAGCCCUUUGUUCCCUAAAUCUUGUUUUUCCCUUUUGUCCUGAAGAAGCUGGAGUCCGUAAGUUGUCGUGUUUGACAAUCAUAUCGAUCUCUCUGUGAAAGCAUCAGGUGGUUGGGUGUUGCAUUCUUGGAACUGUUGUGAUACCUUAAAUUGUUGAAUUCUAUCGUUGGCAACUUUUUCUGAACUCCGGUUUUGAUUUUUUAUAUGUAUUAAACGACCUUGUUAGGAAACAACCUUGUUUCGCAUCGACACAGUUAUAUUAUUACUAUCUGUUGUACUUGAA